GGAGAAGGUGGGCCAACCAGCGAAGCACUCUUCCGUGAAGGAGAUGAAAAUAUUCAGGAUUGGAUACCAGAGUUGUUAAUAGAGCAUCCAUCUGUGAGUCAACAUGGGCGACUGGAACUCGCUGGGGAAGCUUCUUGAGAGCGCCCAAGAACACUCUACCGUUGUGGGCAAAGUCUGGCUGACAGUUCUGUUCAUCUUCCGCAUCCUGGUGCUGGGAACCGCCGCUGAGAAGGUUUGGGGGGAUGAGCAGUCGGGCUUCACUUGCGACACCAAGCAACCUGGUUGUCAGAACGUCUGCUAUGACAAGACUUUCCCCAUCUCUCACAUUCGCUUCUGGGUGAUGCAGAUCAUCUUCGUGUCCACGCCCACCCUCAUCUACCUCGGCCACAUCCUCCACCUGGUGCGGAUGGAGGACAAGAGGAAAGAGAAGGAGAAGGAGAUGGCUCUCCAAAUGGAAAAACACCAGCUGGAGCAGGCAAAGAAGUCCAUCAAAGAUAACCAGGGCCAUGUGCGUCUGCAAGGCGCCCUGCUCAGAACUUACGUCUUCAAUAUUAUUUUCAAAACCUUGUUUGAAGUAGCCUUCAUAGUAGCACAGUACUUCCUGUAUGGGUUUGAGCUGAAGCCCAUGUACACAUGUGACAGGUGGCCUUGUCCUAAUGUGGUUAACUGCUACAUUUCCCGCCCCACGGAGAAGACCAUCUUUAUCCUCUUCAUGCUUGCAGUGGCCUGUAUCUCACUGCUGCUCAACCUGGUGGAGAUGUACCACCUGGGCUUUACCAAGUGCCACCAGGGUCUCCGCUACCGGCGCUCACGGGCCGCCAAUGAGUCCCCCAAGGAGCUGCGUGAGGUGGCUGUACCCUUUGUUCCAAGCUACAACUACUUCCCCGGACGCUCGGCGGUGCCUGAACCCUUCCCGGUGGAGCCAAAGUACAGCAUGGGCGAGUCCAACUCCGCCUACAGCCCGUACACCAGCAAAGCUGUUUACAAGCAGAACAGAGACAAUAUGGCCACUGAGAGAAAAGGAAAAGCAGAAGGCGAAGAUGUGAAGGAAAGAAAAGCUUCCAUUUCAGGCUUUGAGUCGCCAAUGGAGCACGCUCGCCGAAACAGCCAGUCCAGCAAGCACAGCAACACCAAGGGCAGGCUGGACGAUCUGAAAAUCUAACAGAGCCUUAAUCCAAUACUGUUAUGACUUGAACGUCCAGUGAUACCUCGUUGACCACUUCAUAACCCUGUAGCCACUGAGAUAUUUCACAUUUGAAGAUUGUUCCAGAGGGCUGUUAUUGCUAAACAAUCAUUUUCAAAGCAUGAAGAACAUCUACCCAUCAACACACCAUCCAGCACCAGGUGGACUGCAAGGAAUGUCUAGAGAAGAUUGAGUGAAGUAUUAGGUAUGGAGAAGUAUGUUUGUCCUGAGAGUGAGUUCUGGUGCACAUCAGGUCCGUUGGUCGAGGUUCAAAGAAUGAAUCCGCACUUUCAUCACUGAGCUGCAACAGCAACAAUCACUUCUGCUGGACAGGCCAAGCGACGCAGAUGUCUGAUCAUGAAAACAAAAUGGCAUCAUCUCUUAUGUUAUGAAAAACUGUGAACAGGUAGAUCAGGGUUCCAGCAAAAGUCCAGUG